AGCUUGUUAAUCUGAUACUUAAUAUCCAGAAUUUACUUAAAAGAAUUAUUCUCCUGAUUAAUGCUCUUCGAAAAAUAAUGGUUAUGGAAAAGUUAAAUAAAUUGAUUUAUAGGAUAAUUGUAAUACAGUAUAAAAUUCAGUUUAUUGUGAAAAUUCAGAUAUGAAUAAAUAUUACAAUGGUUAUUAUUUUGAAUAUAUUGGUGUUAAUUCUAAAUGUUUAAAAUCUUCUACUGUUUCAUUAAAAAAUAAUUUUAAAAAUUCUAAUGCUCGUUGUCAUUUAGUCUAAUGUUCUCCCGAUUAUACUUAAAUUAUUAUAAUUAUUACUAAUUUAUAAUAUAAAUUAUUACUCUGUACAAAAUAAGAUUAAGGAAAAGAAAUUGAAAUCGUGGAAGGAUAACCAGAACUUGGUUACGUUACUUGUCCUGAUAAUUAUAGAGAAUUUUGUAAUUAUACACCUGAAUGUCCUAAUUAUUGCUCUCGAAAAGGUAUUUGCAUACUUGGAUAAUGUCGAUGCUAAUCAGGGUGGUCAGGAGCUGAUUGUAAUAUUAGUUUAAAAGAUUGCCCUUAUUAUACUUUAGAAGAAGAUCCAAAAUAAUGUGUUUAAUAUUGUCCUCCAGAUAAAUUUCAAAAUCCUGAUAAAGUAUGUAGAGAUUAGUGUCCUAAAGGUUUUUACUAUGAUUUAGAUAAUAUAUGUGUAGAAUGUAAUUAUUAGUGUUUAUCAUGUUUUGGCCCUUUAAAGAAUUAAUGUCUAGAAUGCGGUUUUUGUCAUAUUUAGAAGAAGGAAAUUGUGUAUAAUAAUGUAGUAAUGACUUUUAAUUAGAAUAAGGAAUAUGCAUAAAAUCAGUUAGUUAAGGAUGUGAUUAAGAAUAAUGUGAGAGAUGUGAAUCUGAUGCUCAUGAUUAAUGCACUAAAUGUAAAGACUAGUACUUCCUUAACUUAAACACUAGUAAAUGUGUUGUUGCUAGUGAUUGUCCUUAAGGAACAUUUGCUAAUGAGGAAAAUAACACAUGUUAAAUAUGUGAACUUACAGGAUGUAUAUAAUGUUAAUCUUAAACUGUAUGUUAAGUGUGUGAUGAAUAAUUAGGAUUUUUUAAAAAAGGUGAUUAAUGUGCUAAAUGUCCUUAAGGAUGUUUAAAAUGCUCAAGUGAUCUAUAGUCUUGUACUGUUUGUUAUAGUGGAUUAUUUUUAUAAGAAGGAUAAUGUGUUAUAGAUUGUCCUUCAAAUAAAUAUAAGGAUUUAGAAAAAAGAGAAUGUUUACCGAUUAUUUAAUGUAAAAAGGGCUUUUUUUAUUUUUAAAACAAAUGCUUAUAAAAUUGUCCUGAAUUAACAUUUAAAAUAAAUUAUUAAUGUGUAGAAUGUCCAUAAGGUUGUCUUAAUUGUUGGAGUUUAUAUAAAUGUGCUUUAUGUGAUACAUAGAAUGAUUGGGUAUAGUAAUAUAAUUUAGGCUUUAAUUGCAUAUAAAAAGAAAAAAAAUUAAAAAAUAUUUGCAAUGUAACAAACUGUUUAACGUGUGAUCCUUAAGAUAGUAGUAUUUGUAUAUAAUGCAUGGACGAGUACUUUAAGUGUAAUAAUAAAUGUUAUAAAUAUUGUCCUGAUAAUUAUUACCUUGAUAAUGAAAAGAAAUCCUGUUUUAAAUGUAGUCAUGGAUGUUUGCAUUGCGCUAAUAUUUAAGAAUGUCAUAAAUGUGAUAGUAAAAAUGGAUAUUAUCUUUAAAAUCAAUAAUGUAAUUAACAUUAAAAUAGUAAAAAAGAUAAUGAAGAAAAAACUAAAGAUAUUGAAGAUAAUGAAUUGUAUUAUAAGUUUAAUGGAAAUGAUAAAAAAUUUAUGUCUACUAACAAUGAAGAUAGUACCGCUACAAACAAUGGGGAAAGUACUACU